AUGGAGUGCAAAACGUCUGGGCUCAAAGUUUUCCUCUUUUCGCACGAACUAGUGUCGCAGAAAAAGAACUGCGAUCCGCGCGGAGGUCGGAGGACAACUGACAGCACCGUUCGCAAAGCAGCGCCAACAACCUCAGUUUCACUGCGCAAGAAGAAGUCAAACAUUGAAGAAAAAGGGAGAGAUGGAGAGAGAAUUACUAUCAUUAUCAUGGACCCCGUCGCGGACACUGUACCCAUUUUGAAUCAAGAGGAGUUUCUCCUGCGUUUAGAGAUCAUUGCUGAGGAGAAGCAAGCUCGCCGACGUGCUGAAUUUCUGGUCUUCGCCGAUUCCGAUGUGAAAGCCUGCAAACUAUUCGCGAAUAUGCCUGCGAUUGAAAUAGCUCACUGUGUGAAAGGGAUGUUGAUCUUCCUUGCUGAUGACUACGACCGUAUUCGUGAAAUCAUCGCCAAAAUGAUUCAUAACGCUGUCAGCUACAUUAAAGACACACCGGAAAACAGGCCGUCGUUACACGGAGUGAUACGUGAAUUGCAACCAAUUCUAGUCUGCUCGCUUGGAUCAGCUGAUUUUUCGGAAGGAAACGAAGAAGCGCGCUUAGCUAUGUUUGAGCUUUUCUUGAUGGUUUUGAAAUCCAAGUCGUAUUUCAUGGAACAUCCGGAGCAAAUGGGAGACGUCGCCCUUAUUAUCGAGAAAGGGCUGCUUGAUACAUACGCGAGGAUCAAUCAAUUAGCUGCGACUGCGUUAGUGUCGUGGGCUUCAGAUUACGCAUCUCAGGUUUCUGACAACGUAGCCUACGUGAUGCCAGCUGUGAGGCAAUGUCUGAAAGCAAAGCAAACAUCAGUGAGAGUGUCGGUGUUGAAAGCAUUAUCAGUGCUUGCCGGAGUUUCGACUGAGAUACCGAACGAAAUCUGCGACGACCUAUGGAAACUGAUCAUCGUUGAAAAUUUUACGUUUAAAUUGACGUACAUUGAUCUCGUGAAGAAUUCCCUACUUCUAAGCAAGCCCAGGACCGACGAGUACUACAGCAAGAUCUUGUUGCCGAUUUUGCCGAUCUUGGAAGACGAAUGUGAAAAGAUGCGUGAUUUCGCCUGGAAGUCCUGGUCUGAAGCAGCGAACUGCUUUCCAUUUCCGACUGAAAUCGUCAGAGACAACUACGAUUUUCCGCCAUCACCCUGUCGGGCAUUGGUACGAAGAUAUUUGAAGCUCUGGGUCCCGGAACUGUGUUCUCAGAUGAAAAGUCAAAUCAAUCCCAAAAUUCGUCAAAUGGCCGCACGAGGACUUCACAUGGCAAUGGAGCACGCGAAAGCCUCAGCUACUGGCCAAUGUGACAAGAUUCUGGAAUCGUUGUGUUGUGCUAUGUCUGACGAAAAUCUAGACGUAGUUACUGAAGUUCGAGUUUGUGGUCGUGUGUUGGGAAAGUAUGUUCCUCCCGAGAUCUGGUCUCUCAUUUUGGAGAGUAUCUUCGAAAGCUUGUCGCAAAGCAGUGCCGGGGAAGAAGCAUUAGCCUUUUCGAUGCCACUUCUGCGUGACCUGAUGGAUGGAAUCCCAAAAGAUUCGAUCAGAGCUAAAAUGUUGUGUGAGGUAGAAUCGGGGAGACGUUUGUUUCAGGUCGUGCUUUCUUGCAUGAAUUUUGGUUCUACGCAUCAUGAAGACACUAUUUAUAUCAUCGUGGAACUUUCGCACUACAUGAAGUUCGAGGAGUUGGAUGAUGCGAUUUCAAGGCAGUUUUUGCAAUUUUGCUUGAUAAAACUGAAGUUCUCGCCUGAUGGAUCACCGCACAAAAGCCAGCUUGUGGAUAUUGUGAACGAACUUCCGUGCUUCAGUGACUUCUUCGAUUCCCUCUUGACGAAAGCUACUGAAUCUCUUUGGUCCCUGGUUACGGAUGAAGGCUGGAUUUGUUUCGAGGAAAGUUGUUCAUUGGGCGGUGUCGUGAUUCUGAAUCGCUACGAUCGCGUGUUGAAUUUAUGCGGAAGAUUGGCGCAUAAUCCGGCCGCGGAACCUGCGCUAAAACUCAGGUCCCUGAAAAUAGUGCAAGACAUGUUGAAACGCUUCGUUAAGCCGCGCAAUAAUAUGAACAAGCCAGAAAAUUUGCCAAUUGUAUUCCAAGAUUUGUUGAAAACGUGUCUUGUGCCGGAACUACGAAACAAACGUGGACCGGCUUCUUCCGUGAUUCAUUCCGCUGUUGUUGAAGUGCUCACAACCGCGAUUUUUUCGGUUGAGUUGAAUGAUGAACACUUCCAAGGAAGCGAUCCUGAUCUCUGCAAAGAAAUGGCCGAACUUGUCGACCACCCGAAGUUUGAAACGAGAGGAAAAGCGUUACUAAUUUGUAAUUCCCGACUUCCUCAUGUCGGGGAAUCUGCUGCGAAUCUCGUCAUCAAAACGAUAUUCCCAGCCGCGUUGGCGGGUUUGGAGGAUGGUCAAGCAAGCAAUCGCGUGCUUUCGGCACAAACUCUCGGAAUUGUAUGCUCUGAACUUGCGAAGAAUGAUCGAAUUUCAAACAAGCAGAAGAACGAUGUGUACAGCGAAUCGCUUGCCCGUUUGUUCGCCUUGAUUCCUGCCGAAAAGCCGCCGUUCAACGCUCAGUUUUUAGAGGAACUGAAAAGGAUCGGAUUGCUGGCGCCGACGAUUUUCGCCACAGAGAAACGUCGACUGGAAGAAAUUGCCGUCCAGAAUAUGAACUCCAAAAUCGACAAAAGCUUCAUCAAAUUUUUUGCGAGUGCGCGACUAGUGACACGGUGUCAGAGUAAUCUUGCGGCCGCGAAUGAGAGAAAAGUGGACCCGGAGACCAAGAAAUGGCGAACUGUCGUUGGACUCGAAGUUCAUGCUCAGAUUAAAUCGAAGUCCAAAUUGUUCUCGCAAGCUGGAACUGCUUUUCGUGCUGCACCAAACGCACUGGUUUCUCCUUUCGAUGCCGGUCAUCCUGGCACGUUACCGGUUUUGAACAAACGUUGUGUGGAAGCUGGUGUCGCUACUGCACUUGCUUUGAAUUGUCGGAUCAACAACGUUUCAACUUUUGAUCGGAAGCACUAUUUCUACGCAGACCUCCCUGCGGGCUAUCAAAUCACUCAGCAACGCCUUCCUUUAGCAGUGGACGGUUUUCUGGAAUUCCCUGUAUUCAAUAAUGAUGUAUUGAAAAUGUACAGAAGCAAGAUUAAGCAAAUUCAGCUUGAGCAAGACAGUGGGAAGUCGUUGCAUGACGAAGACCGGAGUUUAGUUGACUUGAAUCGAGCAGGUGUCGGUCUGAUGGAAAUUGUCUGCGAACCUGAUUUGGGCUCUUCUGCAGAAGCUGUUUCAUUCGUAAAGGAACUCAUUUUGGUCUUGAAAACUAUCAAGACUUGCGACUGCUUGAUGGAAGAGGGAUCUCUUAGAGUCGACGUCAACGUGUCCGUUUGCAAAGAAGGGGACUCUGAACUCGGCACACGAACGGAAAUAAAAAACCUCAGCAGCUUAAACGCCGUUGCGAAAGCUGUAGAAUGCGAAUCCAAGCGGCAAAUAUCCGAGGUUAUGUCGGGUCGGAAAGUGUUUAACGAGACUCGUGCUUUUGAUGACGUGAAGAAAGUUACAGUUUCCAUGCGAGUCAAAGAAACAAAGGUAGAUUAUCGGUUCAUGCCUGAGCCGAAUCUACCUCCUUUGAUUCUCAGUGAAGUGAUCGAUGUUGGAAUGAUUGAAAGAAGUUUGCCUGAACUUCCUUCCGAGUCGAGACAGCGACUGCUUAAGAAUUUCCUCCUGAAACCUCUUGUGGCAGAGGCCAUUGUGAACAAUGGUCGGUUACUAGAGUUCUUUCUCGAGGUGAUGUCGAAGAACCCGGAACUGAAGCCCUCGAAUGUGGCGAAUUUUCUGCUUAUCCACGUUUUGGCUGAAGCUGCUGAACAAGGGCUCGAUGAUUUCCGUGAACUGCGAAGCUUGACAAACACCUUAGUUGCAGAUUUGCUACUCUUGGUUGAAGCAGAAACGAUAACCAUGGAUUCUGCUGGCAAAAUAAUCAAGAAAAUCGCAGGCGGAGACCAAAGGCAUCCUCAGGACAUUGCGGAAAACGACGGACUAGUGACGGAAAAGAACGAAGACUUGAUCAAAGCGUGGUGCUCGGAAAUAUUGGAAAAUAACCCCGACCUUGUGAAGAAGGCGAAAAAGGGGAAAUCCAGGGCCUUGAAUAAAUUAAUUCAGCAAUUAGGGAAAGAACACGGAGACAAGCUUCACAUGGGGAAAGCUGCGAGGAUCAUCAAAGAAAUGGUUGAAAAAUCUUGAAGUGUUCUCUUUUAUUAUUAUGGAAGAGAUCUCCGUCAUUUUUGAAACCUUUCAGUGCUGUGAAAAAUUUAGUGUAUUCAGACAUUUUUCUUUCGUUUGCUGAAAAUAUGCCAGGCAUAAUAACGCUGACGAAAAUGUCUCAUUUGGAAGACUAUGGAAUGAAGAUCCAUUUCCAUCACUUGAGUAAUCAACAAGAUACACAAACUUGAAUGUCAAA